AAUAAUAAUAACACAAAAUGCAGCAAAAAGCCGAUGAGAAAAUGGAUCCAUUGUUACGCAUUCAGGAGGAGAUCAAGGAGGUGGAGCGCCGCGAAAAGGAAUAUCGCCGGCUGGCAACGGCUGCAGCGCUGGCAGCGGCUGCAGCGCAGCCAACGUCGCCGCCGAUCGCAGUGAACUUCGCACUGAAUGGCAAUGGCGACGAGUUGGAGCAGCAGCUGGAGGCUGGGCGGGAUCAGGUGGACCAGGGCGUGCUGGUGACGGCGCAGCCAGCGUCUGUGACGUCGCUGCUGGUGCCCAUCGAGGAGCAGUCGCCCUCGCUGGCGUCCAGCGUGAACAGCAACAACAGCAGCCACAAGGAGGAGAGCCUGGACGAACAGCAUUCGGAUGACUCGGGCAUCUCGGCAUCCUCGCAGAAGGCCAGCAGCAACAACAACAGCAAGCCGGAGGGCAAGGCUGGCCUAAAGCUGAACCUGGCGGGCCGGCAGGAGUCGCGUUACAUUGGACCCAACUGCUACAACCUGACGCCAGAGCCGCCGCAACAGAAGCUGAUGACCAGGACGCAGGCCACGCCGCAGCUGCAGCAGCAGAAGCGACAAUUCGCCUUCAAUGGCGCCACAAAGGGCGUGAUGCAGCGCUUCAUUGCCUCCCACGGCAAGCUGCAGCUGGGACAGUCGGCUGGGCAGCCCCUGCUCUUGGCCAAUGGCAACAGCUCGACGCUCAAGCUGAACUCGCGCAAUGCCUUGGCCUUCCUGGAAUCGGGUCGCACCUCGCCCUCGAACAGCAGCAACAGCAACGGCAGCAACAACAACAGCAGCAGCAACAGCAACAACAACAACAAGAACAACAGCAACAUUAGCGUCAGCAGCAACAACAACAUCGAGCGAGACUCCGAGGGCAGGCCGCUGAGACGCGGCUACGUGCCCGUCGAGCAGAAGAUUCAGCGCGAGCUGCAGGAUCUCAAAUGCCGCGAGUCGGAGCUGAAGCGCCUGCGCAAGCUCAAUCGCCAACAUAUGCUGGAGAAGCUACACCUGAGCACAGACGACGAGGCCGAUGCCGAUGACGAUGAUGACGACUCCGAGGUGGAACACUGCUACGGACCAGGCAAAUUGCGCAAUGCGCAAUCCACACUCGAGCUCGAAAGAGAGAGCAACGACCAGGAGUUGAUGGGCCACAAGUCGGCGGGCAACCGUAGCCUGAAUGCCGCCGCCGUUCUCUCGAAUGGCGGCGGUAGUCAUGUACUAAGCAAGUCCGGUUCCAAUUCAGGCAUGCGGCCAGCCAUGUCGCUGGCCCAGCUCUGUGACCUGACGCCAGAGGAGGCACCCUCGUCGCAUCGCCUGAUCGCGCAGUGGGAGAGCCUCAUCAAGAAGAACGCGGAGGGCAUCGAGGCGGCCAUCUAGGCCCCAGCCAAGCACAGCACACCAAAUUAUUACUUUAAAUUGCCCCAAGCACUAAACACAGGCAGUCCCAGCUCCUGACAGUUUCCAAAAUUAUUCUUUUUUUUUUGUUUUUUCUUGUAUGGCCAAGUUGGGCUAAUAUAUAUAUCUAGAUAUGAUAAUGUCAUGGAGUCGAGAGGGGAAUACCCCAUCCAUAUACCAGCAACGAAUUAGACUUCUGCUAAGGGAAGGCAAAGGAAAGGAAAGGAGAGGCAUGUACUUACCUAAUGUGUAGAGAGAGAGAGGAAUACAAAAACAUCCUUGAGGUCUGUUGUAAAUAAUUCUUCGUGCAAGUUUCAAGUGCAAGUUUCACCAAGUCUAUAUAAUUUAUUGAAUAUAAUAUAUUACGUACACAUAUACAAAUAUACACUUACCUGUUGGUAGGCAUAUAUCAGACAUACUAAGCUUAACACACACACACAUACGUACUUACGAUAUGCGCUGUCUAUUUGCGGCAGAACGAUUUAAUAAAAUGUUUACGUAAACGGAA